GAGUGCCCGUCAUCUGUGAAUGCAGGGGGAAAUGUCCCGCGAAACUUGGUUAGUGCGAGUGGCAACCUAGGCGGAACCGGAGUUGAACUUGGUCGCGGCGGCCUCGAGCAGCCGUUGAGAACCGCAGCGGCUAGUUAUUACAUCCGUCACUCAGGCGCAGAGAGGGAAAACUCUCGCACGGGGUCCAAGCGGAAAUCCUCGCGUUUCUCUCACAUCACUUCACUUCACUUCACUUCGCUCCACUAUACUAACCCGGCAUUCGGUGAAUUCUUUUUGGAGUCUUUCAUUCUUGAUAAUAAGAACCCGGCAUUCGGUGAAUUGUUUUUGGAGUCUUUCAUUCUUGAUAAUAAGGAAAGCCAAGAGGAACACGAAUUUUUAGGACCUAUAUUUGAUAACAUCGUAUCUGGUUCCAUUGAUAGGCCGUUGCUCAAUGAGACGAUGAUGUGGAAUCAUCAGCAUCAUCAUCAGAAUGCACUUAAGAAAAAGCAAGUCAACAUU